CUUGUACAUAUCUACAUAGAAUACCUUUGGAAUGACUGACUCUGAUAAACUAAAGCCUAAGAAAAGUUUAGUGAAUGCAGCAACAGCAGGAUUGAUGGCUGGUUCAUUGGAAAUCCUUAUUAUGCAGCCCUCCGACGUUGUGAAAACAAGAUACCAGUCUGUCCGAGUGGCGUCUCAUUAUCAACAAGGCAUACUUCACGCGUUUCGUCAAGUUAUGAAAGAAGAAGGAUUCUUAGCUUUUUAUAGAGGAACUGCUCCUGUUUUGUGUAUUGUUGGACCAAGAAUUUCAUUACAGUAUAUAGGUCUUGCUUUUUACAAACCAAUAUUUGAAAAAAUGGAAGGAACUUUGAUCCCAGCUCAUAGUUCUGCAGGAUUGGCUGGUAUAUGUACCGGAAUUACUCAAGCUGUCACAUUAGUGACUCCAUUGGAAAUGAUAAAGGUGAGACAACAAACGGAUCUCAUGAAUGCAGCUCACGAACGAAAAUAUCAUGGGUUAAUCAAUACAGCAACCUCUAUUAUACGUACUGAAGGAUUUCUAGCUUUAUAUAGUGGGUUAGCAGCAACAGUUGUACGGCAAUCAUGGGGUUUGUUGGUCAAGUUCUCAGGUUACACCGAAAUCAAGUCGUUUUUUGAAAAGACAUCCAAAGAUCCAACACAACCUCUUAGUCCUUGGAAACAUAUGGUCAGUGGUGGUUUAGCUAAUGUUCUAGUAGGUGUACUCAAUUCUCCACCAGAUGUAGUUAAGACAAGAAUGCAGGAUGAUGGAAAACUAUAUCGAAAUACAUGGCAUUGUAUCUCCAGUAUGGUAAAGAAUGAAGGAUUUUCAUCUUUCUUCCGUGGUUCAUGGCUUCGAAUCUUACGUGUAUCAACAGGUGGUGCUAUUCAAUUUUCAGCCUAUGAAGCAGUAAUGAAUUAUUUGGAAACAAAUAAUACCUUAGUGAAAUAGUUGUAUCAAAAUACUUCUUUAAGCAAUUUGUGAGGUGCUAGAUUAGUUUUUUUGUUCUCCGCUUUUUUUUUUUGUCUCAAUAAAAUGUCUCUAUCUCUUUUUUUUUUCUU